AUGUCUCUACUUCUUCAAAUCUGCAUAGCAUUGACAGCACUUUGGUCGACAGCCACCUCGCGAUACACAACUCAUGGUUUCGAUUUCCAACCCGAUCACAUACUCCGAGUGUCUGAGGAAGUGUUUCCUGUAGCUUGCGUGACUCGGCCCAGCACGUUAGUCAAUGUCGCCCUGUGGCAAGCUCAUUCAUUAUCAACAGGAACCUCACCAGGCCCAGCCAUCUACCUGAGGGAAAACCAACCCACUUGGGUGAGAGUAUACAAUGAUCUGGAAUCAAAGAAUACUACUAUGCACUGGCAUGGUCUAAGUCAGUCCAUUGCUCCGUUUUCAGAUGGCUCGCCUCAGGCAAGUCAAUGGCCUAUCAAGGUUAGUUUGCCGAGACGCCGGGAUAUAAAGAAGGAUUCGCUGAUCAAAGGAAAGCCGGGAGGGUACUUCGACUAUGAAAUCUGGCCGAAAAUCGGUGAGGCUGGCACAUAUUUCUACCAUUCCCAUGUUGGUUUCCAAGCAGUAUCUGCGACAGGGCCUCUUAUCGUCGACGAAAUGUACGGCAAAUCGCCACCUUUCACAUACGAUGACGAACGCAUCAUGUUCAUUUCCGAGCUUUACAACAAGACCGACUCGAUGACGGAGACCGAGCUACUCAGGCCCUACGAUGUUGUACGAUGGACUGGCGACCCCUCAACAAUAUUGAUGAAUGGAAAUAGUUUCCCUGGUAUGAGUGCGAAUGAGACAGAUACACCUGAGCCGUGGGUCAUGCCAGAUCCAUCCGUGGUGUCAAGCUGUGGCCCUGAAGUGAUUCAAGUUGAUACCGACAAGACAUAUCGCAUGCGAAUUAUUGGGGGACCAGCUCUGAACCUCGUGACUUUGGGAUUCGAAGAUCACCAGGAGCUUUCUGUCAUGGCUGCAGAUGGAAAAUACACCAAGCUGGCGAAAACGGAACGCAUCCAGAUUGCCUCCGGCCAGCGCUUCGAUUUCCUUCUCCGCACGAAGACAGAGGAUGAGCUACGAGGUCUUGGGAAAAGCGCUUUUUGGAUCCAGAUGGAGUCACGCUAUCGACCUAUGAACGUCUCUUCUUACGCCCUGCUGUCGUACAGCACUCCCAGUGAUGUUGCAUUCAACCAGACUACAGACUUGGUGCCUCCCGAGAAACAGCCGCUCAGCCUGCCAAACAAGGUCUACAAUUGGAUGGAGUAUGUUCUUGAACCUUUGGAACCUAACGGGUUCCCAACGGCCGAUAGGGUGGACCGGACGGUGGUCCUAACAUCGCUCCAGCUGAUUGCGAAGGAGGGGGGACACACCCCAUUCUGGAAACAGGAGCACCAGGCAGGGACUCCAUACCUGGUUGACAUCUUCAGGCGUGGAGAUAACGCCAUACCAGAUUACGAGACUACGGUGCAGAAGCAUGGGGGUUGGGAUCCCGAUCUCAACGUGUACGUAGCCAGGGUUGGUGAAGUCAUCGAUAUUGUCAUGGUCAACCAGCCGAAUGGCCUGGCCAUCGGCUUCGACCUUCAUCCAUGGCAUAUUCACGGCGGCCACAUCUAUGAUCUUGGCAGCGGGCCUGGCACGUACAAUGCGACAGCUAACGAGGAGAAAUUGAAGGGUUACAACCCCGUGAAAAGAGAUACCACCAUGCUGUACAAAUAUACUCCGGGUCAGUAUUUAGGCGAGAAUAAGAAUUUUACGGACCAAGGAUGGCGGGCUUGGCGAUUACAUGUUCAGGAUCCUGGGGUGUGGAUGGUACACUGCCACACACUUCAGCAUAUGAUAAUGGGAAUGCAGACGGUGUGGAUGAUGGGCAAUGCAUCAGAUAUCACGCGCGGAGUAUCGCCGGGUUCUGUGGAAGGCUAUCUACAUUACGGAGGUGAUGCAUAUGGCAAUGCUAGCUACGAUCCCUACGUGCAACACUAUUUCGAAGGUGGGCUGCAACAGAUCAUCCAAUAA